AAAUGUUCAUCAGUCUCAUUCCGAAUCGCAAUCUUUGAAGUUCGAGUUCUCAGCCAGUGUCAUUGCAAAGAUUAUUUUCUUAACCUACAGAAGUUUAUUACCUAUACAAUGUCAGGGAUAAGAAAUGCAUAUAUUUUGUUGGUAUUUACAUUGACGGUCAUUUUUGCAGUUGAUAGAACUUAUGGACAAGGAGGCCCCUGCACAACCCUUCGUGAUGAACCUGGCGUUUGUGUCCCAAUAUUGACCUGUUGGACAAUUACAGAGCUUUUCAGAAUAUCUCCAAGACCUUUGCCACCUUCAGUGAACAAUCAAGUACGACAAUCCUACUGUGGGACAUUCAGAAAUAUUCAUCAUGUUUGUUGUGAUCCAAAACGUGUUACUGGUGGAGAAACAACCACAACCACAACUCCAUCUCCAGUCACUACUCCCAAAAAGUCCAUCAUACGAUCAGGCAUUGAAAAAUCGGAAGACGAUGUCCGAGCUGGAAUAGCCAUGUUACAAACACAAAAAAACUGCGGAAAAAGUGAUGCUGAUCGAAUUGCUAAUGGAGAAAAUGCCAAUCUCUCCGAAUUCCCAUGGAUGGCCUUGUUAAUAUAUACUGAUGGUAUUGUCAGAACGGAAGACUGUGGAGGAACUUUGAUCCAUGAAAGAUAUGUUCUAACUGCAGCUCAUUGUAUCCGAGCUCGAGGAAAAAGACUGGUAAGUGUGCGCUUGGGUGAACACGAUACCCAAUCUGAUGUAGAUUGUGAAGGCGAGGGUGAUAAAAGGAAAUGUGCUCCGCCAACACAAGAAAUUGACGUUGAGGAGGCUAUUUAUCAUAAAGACUAUAAUCCCGCCAGGUUCUCCGAUGAUAUGGGAUUGCUGCGACUUGUCAGCAAUGCUGUGAUUAGAACCAAUGUUAGACCGGUUUGUCUGCCAAUAACGCAGAAAUCAAGACAGUAUCAAUUAAGUCACAUGAUUAUAUCUGGAUGGGGUCGUAUUGAAAAUGGAACUAAAGCUACUAUUCUACAAAAAGCUACUAUACCUAUGAAAACCAUCGAGUAUUGUCAACAAAUCCACACAUUAGUAAGGUUUACCCAGAAACAAUUAUGCGCUGGUGCAGAAAAUGAAAUCGAUACUUGCAAAGGCGAUUCAGGUGGACCACUAUUCUAUAUUGCACCAUACAAUUUUGGUGUACGGUAUAUCCAGUAUGGUGUUGUUUCAGCUGGUAGCGUAGUAUGUGGGUCUGAUAAUCCUGGAAUUUAUGCUAGAGUUGAGGCGUAUUUGCCCUGGAUUGCUAGCAAUUUAACAUAAAAUUAAGUAUUUUCUGUGAAAGUUUUUGAAAGUCCUACAAAAAAAAAAAAAACCACUACUUUAGUCUGUAAUUAGGUUUCUUUUUAAAUUGUUUAUGUUAAGAAUGUUUUGAUAAACUUUAAAGAAAUAAAAA